GCGGCGCCGGUGCCGGUCUCGGCGGGGAGCGCUGCCGGAGCCGCACGGGCGGCAGGUGCAGCCCGCUGAUGGGGCAGAGCUGGACCCACUCCAGGCUGGCACCAAACCUGGCACCAACCCUGCCCCGAGCAGCUCUGGCCCCCGAGCUCUGAGCACUGUGCCAGGGAGGAGCCCCCAUAACAGGGCCUUGGGGCUCACCCGGGCAGCUUCCAGCUGUCAGCGAGGAAGAAGCCUGCUUGGAAACCUGUUUGGAAAUAAAGGAGUAGAGCCUGCCCUCAGAUCUUAGAGGAAGCAGCUGGGAUUUGUUCUUCCCAAAGUCCUCUCCCACAGGGGAUCACCUACAUCUAACAUCACAGGCAGCAGCAUGAACCUGAAGAAGUACCUGGUGCGGGCGCUGCAUCGCCUGCAGAAGGGCCCUGGUUACACCUACAAGGAGCUGCUGGUCUGGUACUGCGACAACACCAACACCCACGGCCCCAAGCGCAUCAUCAAGGAGGGGCCAAAGAAGAAAUUAAUCUGGUUCUUCCUAACGUUGCUCUUUGCAUCCCUGGUGUUCUGGCAGUGGGGCAUCCUCAUCAACACCUACCUCUCCUACAAUGUCACCUCGUCUCUCUCCAUUGGCUUUAAGACCAUGAAGUUCCCUGCAGUCACUAUUUGCAAUGCCAACCCUUUCAAGUACUCGGAGGUGAAGCCCCUGCUGAAGGAGCUGGACAGGCUCAUUGAGGCGGCGCUGGAGAGGAUCCUGCAGCCCACGCCAGGCAACAGCAGCGAGAACGAGUCCCUGCCACUCGACCUGGAGCUCUGGAACCAGAUCCCCCUGGUCCUCAUCGACGAGCACGACAAAGACAAUCCCAUCAUCCUGGACAUCUUUGAGACCAACCAGACUGCUGCAGGCAGCGAACCUGCCAUGGACAACAGAACCAGUGUGAGCAGUGACACUGCUGGGGGCCACCAGCUCUCUGGGGGCAACAAAACCAUGGACAACGAAACCACUGAGGGGAACCAAACCACUGCUGCACCUGCCCCAACCAACACCACGCCGGAAGAGAAGAAGUACAAGCUGGCAGUGAAGCUGUGCAGCCAUCAGGGCUCUGACAACUGCACGUACCGCAACUUCAGCAGCGCGGCGCAGGCGGUGACCGAGUGGUACAUCCUGCAGUCCACCUCCAUCCUCUCCAAGGUCCCGCUGCACGAGAAGAUCAGGAUGGGCUACCAGGCAGAGGACAUGAUCCUGGCCUGUCUCUAUGGGGCUGAACCCUGCAACUACAAGAAUUUCACCCAAAUCUACCACCCAGACCAUGGUAACUGCUACAUCUUUAACUGGGGCAUGGAUGAAGAGGCUCUCAACUCCUCCAACCCCGGGGCUGAGUUUGGGCUGAAGCUGAUUCUGGACAUCAGCCAGCAGGACUACAUUCCCUACCUGUCCUCUGCCGCUGGGGCCAGGCUCAUGCUGCACCAACAGAAGAGCUUCCCCUUCCUCAAGGAUCAGGGCAUCUACGCCAUGGCUGGGACAGAAACCUCCAUUGGAGUGCUGGUGGAUGAGCUGGAGCGGAUGGGUUAUCCCUACAGCGACUGCACCGUGAACGGCUCCGACGUCCCGGUCAAAAACCUCUACAGCCAGUACAACACCUCCUACUCCAUUCAGGCCUGCCUGCGCUCCUGCUUCCAAACCCACAUGGUGGAGAUCUGUGGCUGUGGGCACUACAUGUUCCCUUUACCUGAAGGGGUGAAUUACUGCAAUAACGAGGACAACCCAGGCUGGGCAUAUUGCUAUUCCUCUCUGAGAUCCAGCAUAAAACAGCGUCAGAUCUGCAUUGACUCCUGUAAAGAAACCUGCAACGACACGCAGUACAAAAUGACCAUCUCCAUGGCGGACUGGCCAUCAGAAGCCUCUGAGGACUGGAUUUUCCAUAUUCUGUCUUAUGAAAGGGAUAUGUCAACAAAUGUGACUCUGGACAGGAAUGGGAUCAUCAAGCUGAACAUUUACUUCCAGGAGUACAACUACCGCACCAUCUCGGAGUCAGCUGCCACCACGAUCGUUUGGCUGCUGUCGAGCCUGGGAGGCCAGUUUGGGUUCUGGAUGGGGGGCUCGGUGCUGUGCCUCAUUGAGUUUGGGGAGAUCAUCAUCGACUCGCUCUGGAUCACCAUCAUCAACGUGAUCAGCUGGUGCAAAGGCCUGAAGCAGAGGCGGGCGCGGGCGCGGUACCCGGACGCGCCCCCGACGGUGUCGCAGCUGGUGGAGGCCCACACCAACCUGGGCUUCCAGCACGAGGCCGUGGGGGCCGUGCCCAGGGCCGAGGCGCUGCCCCCCGAGCCCGGCACGCCCCCGCCCAACUACGACUCCCUGCGCGUGCAGCCCCUGGCCACCCUCGGCCCCGACAGCGGCACGGACACCGAGUGACCACAGGGUCCUGGCAGCUCCUGCCGGCCACCGAGUGACCACAGGGUCCUGGCAGCUCCUGCCGGCCACUGAGUGACCACAGGGUCCUGGCAGCUCCUGCCAGCCACCGAGUGACCACAGGGUCCUGUCAGCUCCUGCUGGCCACUGAGUGACCACAGGGUCCUGUCAGCUCCUGCCGGCCACCGAGUGACCACAGGGUCCUGGCAGCUCCUGCCAGCCACCGAGUGACCACAGGGUCCUGUCAGCUCCUGCUGGCCACUGAGUGACCACAGGGUCCUGUCAGCUCCUGCCGGCCACCGCUGGGCUGGGCACUUGCUGAGCAGCUGUCUAUCUGUCCAAAUUCAGAGGAAAGUAAAAGCCCAAGCUGUCCUGUCCUAUGACUGAUCUCUGGGAGGAAGCUCUGCCUAAUAAACCCUGCAAUAAACCUCACAGUCAGGCUUUGGCUUCAGUGUGGAGAGCUUGUGUACAUCAGUAUUGCUGUAAAAUCAUGUCACUGUUUCUCGUCACCAGGUGGGUGGGAAGCAAUUCCCAGCGAGCAGAGCAGGGUGGUGGCAGGGAGAGGAGAGGACAGGACAUCCUGACAGUGGAUGCAAGGCCGUGGCCUGGUAGAUCACAGAACCCUAGAAGAGUUUGUGUUGGAAGGGACCUUAAAGACUGUCUCAUCCCAUCCCCUUCUCCAGCGCUCUUGGCUGCAGAGAUGUGGCACGGCUGUGCCAUACCAUGGAGCAGAGCCUUGGGAUGGGACCAAAGCUACCUCUGACCUCUGAGUCUGCAGAAUUUCCAUUCCCAAACAACUACAAUGGAAACUGAGCUCUCCCUUCACUGCUGGAGCCCCUGGGUGCCCUGUUGUGCUGCUGCCCAGGGUUUGUACCACUCAUGGUGCAGAUGGACACAGCUGCUGGUGUGUGCCAGGAACUCGACUCCACUGAGACUCAGGUGGGAGGAAGCACCAGCCUGUUUAAUUAUCAUUCUUGCAAUAAUAAUAAGUUGAUUUAAAA